GCUACCACCAUAGAUAACAGAAGAAUAUUUCUAUUAUCUAUGGCUACCACACAGCCUGCAGAGAUAAGAUUACCUUAUUUACCUUAACCUUCUUACCAAAUUUUACAGGUUAUAAAUAUUAAUAUCACGCGCGCAGAUUUUCAAAGUUCAAACAACGAUAUUCCAUAAUGACUGAAUUGACUGAUAUGGACGCGGACAACUACUUUUCCAGCUAUGGUGAUCUGGAGGUUCACAAAUUAAUGAUACAGGACACGGCUAGAACAGAGGCGUACAAAAAUGCUAUCCUAUCCAGUCGCUCGGUGUUCGAGGGUAAAACCGUGUUGGAUGUGGGAGCAGGCACCGGAAUUCUGUCCAUAUUCUGCGCGCAGGCUGGAGCUACUAAAGUCUUUGCUGUCGAAGCCAGCAAGACGUCUGAGAUGGCCCGACAGCUAGUCGCCGAGAAUCAUUUUUCAGAAACUAUCGAAGUGGUUUACGGCAAAAUGGAGGACGUCACGCUGCCUUGUAAGGUGGACAUUAUUGUUUCUGAAUGGAUGGGGUUCUAUAUGUUACAUGAGAGCAUGUUGGACAGCGUUAUCAUAGCGCGUGACAAGUUUUUAAAACCAGACGGCCUGAUGUUUCCGUCUCAUUGUACGCUCUAUGCAUCUCCAUGUGCAUUACCAGAUCUCUAUUCGGAGUGGGACAAUGUUUGUGGUGUGAAAAUGCGGUCAUUCGCACAAGCAUUGCGUAGCUUGUACUUGAAUAGACCAAAAAUCAUGAGCAUUGAAGUUGAGAAUAUGCUUUCUCAUAAUGUCAGUCCCAUUGCAGAAUUUAAUCUUAAGAAUUGUCAACCACAACAGCUUGAUAAAAUCACGGCACAACGAUACAUUACCAUUGUUGAGAAGAGUGGAAUUUAUCAAGGAGUAUGUUUUUGGUUUGAUGUACAGUUUCCAACAACUGAUACCACUCUUAGCACUUCGCCUUCAUCGCCAAAAACACAUUGGAAACAAACCAUCAUAGUACUGCCAACACAAAUAGAAGUAGAAGAAGGAGAUGCUGUAAUGUUCAACGUACAAUUUCAACGCAACAGUCCGAAUUCAAGACAUUAUAGUAUUAAUCUGGAAAUGCUGGACUCUCAACAUGAGCCACAUCCAAAUCCAUGCGAUUGCAAUCAAACAAAAUGUAAAAUUAUUAAGACAUUUUUAUCCGUUACAAAAAAUAUUUCAGACGAUGAGGAUUCAAAUAUUGAUGACCAAAAUGAGGGAAUAUCAUAAAUAUGAUAUGAUUGUUUAAUUAUAUAUAUACUGACAAUAUGUAAAUUACGAUUGACUGUUAAUUUAAGAUAAAUUAUGUUUAGUACGUAAUAAAUAUACUAAUUUUAACCUAAACUUUUAUAAAAAAAAAUAAUGGAUAUAGACAGUUUUUAAUAUUUUUGUCCAAAUACUGCCUACUACAAUUUUAA